UUUUAGUAAAUAUUUUCUAAUUAGCUAAAAAUAUAUAUUUAAAAUCCAAGGAACUGACGCAGGUUUUCGUCGGAAUCGAAACUGGUCAACAGUCGGUGGUUUUCGAAGUGUAGUUUUGGCCACCGCAUCAGAAAUUUGAGUAUCCUAUUCAGACCGCAGGGUUCCAACCUCCGAGAAGGUCAGUAGAAUAAUCAAAAGUAAUAGCCCACUUGGCCAAUUCCAGUCUACAGCAAAACCACGGUCCAUCGUUCCCACCAAUCCUUUUCAAUGGCUUUUAAAAUUCUACCCAUGGUUUUCCAAUUCCCCGUUAAAAGCAAGCACAUCUCCCAUCAGGGCCAUCAUCCCAAUCUUCACCAAUAAUUUUACACACCAACAUGGAAGAAGCUGAUUGGAGCGCAGUCACCGGUUCCUGCUCUGGCACUCUCGGCGGCCACCUGGCACGCAGGCUCGUCCAGAUCGGCGUCAGGGAUGUCUUCUCUGUUCCCGGGGACUUUAACUUGACGCUGCUUGAUCACCUGAUCGCCGAGCCGGGGCUCAACCUUGUGGGCUGCUGCAAUGAGCUCAAUGCCGGCUACGCCGCCGACGGCUACGCGCGUGCGAGGGGCGUGGGAGCUUGUGUGGUGACGUUCACUGUGGGUGGCCUCAGCGUUCUGAACGCCAUUGCGGGUGCCUACAGUGAGAAUUUGCCUGUGAUUUGUAUAGUUGGUGGGCCUAAUUCUAACGAUUACGGCACCAACCGGAUUCUUCACCACACAAUUGGGUUGCCGGACUUCACCCAGGAGCUUCGUUCUUUUCAGACGGUCACCUGUACUCAGGCAGUAGUGAACCACUUGGAAGAUGCUCAUGAGCAGAUCGACACUGCUAUAUCAACAGCUUUGAAGGAAAGCAAGCCAGUUUAUCUCAGCAUAAGCUGUAAUUUGCCUGGAAUUCCCCAUCCAACGUUCUCUAGGGAGCCAGUUCCCUUCUUUCUCGCACCAAAAGUGAGCAAUCAGAUAGGGUUAGAAGCAGCGGUCGAAGCAACAGCUGAUUUUCUGAAUAGGGCUGUGAAGCCUGUCAUUGUGGGUGGGCCCAAGCUAAGAGUAGCAAAGGCACAACGGGCACUUAUGGAGCUUGCAGAUGCUAGUGGAUAUCCAAUUGCUGUUAUGCCUUCAGGUAAGGGCCUGGUGCCAGAGCAGCAUCCACACUUCAUUGGGACAUACUGGGGUGCUGUCAGCACCACUUUCUGCGGGGAGAUAGUGGAGUCUGCUGAUGCCUAUGUCUUUGCCGGCCCCAUCUUCAAUGAUUACAGCUCAGUUGGAUACUCAUUGCUGAUAAAAAAGGAGAAAGCAGUCAUAGUGGAGCCCAAUCGUGUGACUGUUGGCAAUGGUCCUUCCUUUGGUUGGGUUUUCAUGGCUGAUUUCUUAAGUGCACUGGCUAAGAAGUUGAAGAAGAACGAAACAGCUGUGGAGAAUUACCGCCGAAUCUAUGUCCCUCCAGGUGUUCCUCUGAGACGGGAGGAACACGAGGCUCUUAGAGUCAAUGUCCUCUUCAAGCACAUUCAGGAUAUGCUGGAUGGGAAUUCUGCAGUCAUUGCAGAGACAGGAGACUCAUGGUUCAACUGUCAGAAGCUUCGCCUCCCUGAGAAUUGUGGGUAUGAAUUCCAGAUGCAGUAUGGAUCCAUUGGAUGGUCAGUAGGUGCCACCCUUGGAUAUGCUCAAGGUGCCAAAGAUAAGCGUGUGAUUGCUUGCAUUGGUGAUGGGAGUUUCCAGGUUACAGCUCAGGAUGUUUCAACAAUGAUCCGAUGUGGGCAGAGGACCAUUAUAUUCCUCAUUAACAAUGGAGGAUACACAAUUGAAGUAGAGAUUCAUGAUGGUCCAUACAAUGUGAUUAAGAACUGGGAUUACACUGCUCUCAUUAAUGCCAUACAUAAUGGUGAAGGGAAGUGCUGGACUGCCAAGGUACGCACUGAGGAUGAAUUGACAGAAGCAAUUGCAACGGCAACAGGAGCACACAAGGAUUCUUUAUGUUUCAUUGAAGUUUUUGUGCACAAAGAUGACACCAGCAAGGAACUGCUGGAGUGGGGAUCGCGUGUUUCUGCUGCCAACGGCCGUCCUCCAAAUCCUCAAUAGCACAUUGGAUUUUCAAGGGUCCAAUGCUGCGGCAGGAUCAGAAGCUGGAGCAGUGUGAGCUUUGACUGAGAACAUGUACUAGAAAACUAGAAAUAAAAUAGAAGAACGAAGGUGAUGUUUCAUUUGCAUGAGCUUUGUAUAAGCCCUGGUGCUGCAUGGCACUUUCAAAUCAAUGUUUAACUGUGAGAAAUGGUAUGUAUCAACCAUAAAUAAAUAAAAUGUUUUGACUGUGUUUAGAUA